AUGUCUCCUCCAGUAGAAGUCCCGGUGGUAACCGCCGAACAAAUGUCGGAGGCUCGAUUGCCUAUAGCAUACCGGGACCGAUGCGCAGGCCUUCUGAUACCCCUCAACCGGUGCCGUUUCGAAACAAUGUACCUACCGUGGAAAUGCGAGAACGAACGCCACUCCUACGAAAAGUGCCAAUACGACGAGUUCAUGAAGAGAGUCAAGAAGAUGGAGGAGCUGAAAGCUGCAAACCCCGGCAUGAGAGCCAAUUGA